AUGAGCUCUGAUGCCAUUCGCCCUCGAGGCCGGCCAGCCCAUACUCCGGGCACGACGGUACUGGCAUACACACCGGACGGACGAAAGGUCAUUACUGGCGGAUCGAAUUCGGCCAUCCGUAUCUACACAGUCGAUCAAGAUGGAGAACCGAAGACAGUGGACGAGGGCGUUGACGGGCAUUUUGGAAUCGGCGCAACGAAUGAAUCAUUCAUUAUGGGUGCGGAGGACGGAACUGUCUGGCAGUACGAUAUCUCGUCCGGCAAGAUGGGCAGCCUACUUGUCCGGUGUGCUCUCCCAGUUAGAGACAUUGCCGUCUCCCGCGACGGGGAAUGGGCCGCAGUGGCAAGCGAUGAGCUUACUGUAAAGAUCGUCAAAAUCGAGGACAUGACACAAGUGAAAUAUCUCCGGGAACAAGGGAAGGGAUCGAAACAUGUCACAUUUGAUCCCAAUGGCCGCUACAUUACUGUCUCCGGCACCGACGGCAUCCUGUAUGUCUAUUCACUUACUGAGGAGGAACCGGAAAUUGUGCGCAAACUCGACGGGGUGAUCCGAAAGCUGGAGCCAGAUGCGGAAGCAACAGCAAGGGCCGUCUGGCAUCCUGAUGGCACUGCCUUUGCCGUCGCGGAGGCAACCAAGGAUAUCUCGAUCUUUUCAAUUUCCGAGUGGAAGAAAGAAAAGUCCUUUGCUGGUGGACAUACCGGCGACAUCACAGCCCUAAGCUGGUCCCCAAAUGGGACUCUUUUGGCAUCGGCUGGAGCAGAUGGGCAGAUUGUGCUCUGGGAAACGAAAACACAAAAGAUCAUCCAACGCUAUGAUUUCGGAAAUGUGAUCAAUCUGGCCUGGCAUCCGACCAAUAACUCGCUGUCAUUUACCACUUCUGAUGGAGAGCUGUUCAUUUAUGAUAAAUUUGUCUCAAAGGAUUACGACUCUCAACUACUGAAACCAUUGCAGGCGGCUCCUAUCUUCCCUGGUCCAUUGACCGAGAUCUCCAACAAUGUUCCGCGAACAUUGGCAGAGCGUUCCAAGGAGGCAAUCAAACGAGCCGCACGAGCCGGAACGCCCGACUCUCUAGAUGACAUUCUAGGUGAAGAUGAUGAAAUGCAGGAUUUUGUGGAUGACGACGAUGGAGCUGGCUAUGCUGAGGAUAUUAACCCUUACGGCAAGCGACCAAAUGGCCACCUUGAUGCCCUAGAUGGACCCGAGAGCAAGCGUGUUUUCUCAGGAGCUUUGCAGCUCAAGUCCCACCCUCCUAUUCAGCCGGGCAGUACACCAUGGGCAGGAAAUCGGCGAUACCUUUGCCUUAAUUUGACUGGUGCUGUCUGGACCGUCGAUCAAGAAACACACCAUACCGUGACCGUCGAAUUUUAUGACCGAGAACUUCAUCGGGACUUUCAUUUCACUGAUCCGUACCAAUACGACAAGGCCUGUCUUAAUGACAACGGUACGCUCUUCUCCAAUAAUCCUUCAGAUGGCAGCCCUGCCACAAUCUUCUACCGUCCCCAUGAAACAUGGACGACACGGGCAGAUUGGCGGACCCAAUUGCCUGAUGGGGAGAUGGUUCGAGCUUUGGCACUGAGCGAUUCCUACAUUGUUGCUGUCACAAACAAGGAUUAUGUCCGGGUUUACACUCUCUUUGGAACGCCAUUGAGAGUAUAUCGGCAAAAGAGCCAGGCUGUAACAUGCGCCGCUUGGCGUGAUUAUAUCAUGACUAUUGGAAAUGGCCCCGUCGGGGUUGAUGGUCGGCAUACCACAUUGCAGUACACCGUUGAGAAUGUCAAGCGUGAUGAGAUCUACCAGAAUGAGGAUGUGGUUGCUCUUCCCCCAGGAGCUCAAAUACAAAGUGUCUUCUUUUCUGAUACUGGAGACCCAUGUGUUUACGAUUCAACCGGUGUCCUGGUAGUGUUACAGCAUUGGCGCACACCUGGCCAAGCCCGUUGGGUCCCUCUUCUUGACACCAAACAGCUUUCUCGUCUUGCAGGUGGUCGAAAAGAAGAAACUUACUGGCCAGUUGCUGUUGCACAAGAAAGGUUCCACUGUAUCAUUCUCAAGGGUGGCGACAAAAACCCCUACUUCCCGCGGCCGCUACUCAGCGAAUUUGAUUUUCAGGUCCCCAUUUCAAAUAACGUACGGAAAGAUCCCACCGAGUCGGAGGAGGGGGGCAACGACCGGGAGCGGUUCGAGGAAUCUUUCGUGCGUGGCAAUAUUCUUCUGUCGCUCUUCCGUGAUCUCUUAGGCUCAACCAACGCAACGGCCAGCCAGCGUGCUGAACUAGCCCGCAAAGAGGUUGAACUUGACAAAAUCCUGCUCCAGAUGCUGGCCAUUGAGUGCAGGGAAGGCGAGGAGCGCGGCAUGAAGGCACUGGAGCUCGUGGCAAUGAUGACCGACCGUAACGGCAAGACCAUGGAAUUAGCCGCCAAGGUAGCCCAGCGUUUCGGCCGCGGUGUAUUAGAGGACAAGAUCCGGGAUAUGGCCGAGCGACGAGUAAUGGGUAUGGGCGAUGACGACGAGCUAGCUUAA